CUACUACGAUGACGGUGAGAGGCUGUGAAUCUUGAUACCUAAUUAUAUAUAUAUAUAUAAAAUCGAGACUCUUCAGCUGUGCUUCGUCUUGAGAAGAACAUGAGCAGCACGCUGAUGCACCGCCGCCGCCGCUACUUUUUCAUGCUUUGCUGGCUCACGAGCCAUGCCUUGUGUUCUACGGAAGCAGUAAAAGUGGUCUCCGAGGGGUGCUCACCGGCGGAGAGGGACGCCCUCUUGCUGCUGAAAGCUGGGAUCCGCAACUCUUCCGCCCUCCUCUCUUCGUGGGCGGCCCAAGCAGACUGCUGCGCGUGGAGCGGCGUGGUGUGCCGCAACAGAACCGGCGACGUCCGUGUGGCGGAGCUCAACCUCCAGAACCCAAACGCAGAGCAAACCAACGAGUACGACACGGCUCUGAGUGGUGAGUUGCUGAACCCAUCCCUGUCGUCCUUAACUGCUUUGCGAAGCUUGAAUCUCAGUUACAACGACCUGGGCGGCGCUCCCAUCCCGGCUUUCGUCGGCUCCCUCCGCCAACUGAGGGUCCUCGACCUGCGCUGGUGCAACUUCGCCGGAAACCUCCCUCCUCAUCUCGGCAACCUGACAAACCUUCGCUACCUCGACCUGAAGUCGAAUUCUUUUCUCCAGGACCGUCCCAGAGUCGACAGCAGCCUGGACUGGCUCAAGGGCCUUUCUUCUUUGACCUAUCUCGACAUGUCCGACGUGGACCUCAGCGCCGCCGCCUACAAUUGGGUGUCGACGAUCAACUCGCUGCCUGCCCUGCGACAACUCAAACUGUUCCUUUGCAACCUCGACGUCCCUCCUUCUCUCGACCUCGAACUCAACCUCACUUCUCUUACCACACUCGACCUCAGUCUCAACAGAUUCCACUCCACUUUCCCGAACUGGCUGUGGAAUCUCACCGGCCUCCUGUCUCUUCAGCUCGGUUAUUCAGGGCUUCAAGGUCAACUGCCCCCUGAAAUCGGCAACUUGAUCAACCUCGUGAACCUUGACCUUUCUCUGAACUCGCUGCACGGCCCUCUACCUACCUCAAUAUGGAAACUGAAGAAUCUAGCAAAUCUCGACCUGAGCUUCAACUUUCUCGGAGAUUCUUUGCCGGCGGGGAUUAUGAACCUAUCGAGCUUAUCGACACUGAACCUUGCUAAUUGUUCGCUCACUGGUCCGAUACCCACCGAGUUAGGCAAUUUGACUACUCUAAAGUAUCUCUACCUCGACCUUAAUUCACUUUCCGGACGAGUACCGGUGGAGAUCGGGAAGCUCCUCGAUCUCGCUCAGCUAGACCUCUCUGCUAAUUCCCUCCGAGGUAACAUCUCUGAGUUCCACAUCUCCAACCUGACCAAAUUAAAGUGCCUGUUCCUGUUCGAUAACCCCCUCCUAACCGUGUCGAUAGACUACGACUGGAUCCCUCCUUUUCAACUUCAUGUCGUUGACUUUAGUUCAUGUGUGUCGGGUGGUAGAUUUCCCGGCUGGCUCCGUUGGCAACAUUCCAUCAAGAGUAUCAAUCUGUACAAUACCGGCAUCGAGGACACCCUGCCUGAAUGGUUUUGGAACUCUUCUUCUUCCACUAUUUUAGCCGUUGACUUCUCCCGCAACAAAAUUAGUGGUGCUCUACCGACUUCCUUGGAGAGUUUGACCCAACUAUAUUACCUAAAUCUCGCUUCGAAUCUACUCGAAGGUCCAAUUCCUCAUUUUCCACCGAGCCUCUCUUUGUUAGACUUAUCUUUUAAUUUAUUUUCAGGGCCACUGCCAUCUACUUUAUUCACACCGCAUUUAUCUUACUUGAUCCUCUCGCAUAACCAUAUUAAUGGAAGAAUUCCCUCUGAUGUGUGUUAUUGUAUGCGGCUGGAGCGCUUCAACUUAUCGAACAACCAAAUAUUCGGAGAAAUUCCUGGAUGUUGGCCGGAGGGCUCACUCCUCAGCUUCGUGCAUUUGGGAAACAAUAUGCUCUCUGGUGAAAUUCCUAGCUCGGUUGGCAAUUUGACUCGACUCGAGUUCUUGCACUUGAAUGAUAAUAAUCUAAGUGGGCGUCUUCCAUUCUCAUUGCAAAAGUGCAGUCAGUUAUUAGUUGUGGAUCUCGGCGAUAACAAAUUCUCUGGAAAUGUUCCUGUGUGGAUCGGGCAAAGUUGGCUGCAAUUGCGUGCUCUUCGAUUACGCUCAAAUAUGUUUGAUGGUGAUAUUGCUCCACAACUCGGGCAACUAAGGGAUCUUCAAAUUGUUGACCUCUCAAACAAUACAUUGUCGGGGCCGAUACCGGAUUCUUUUGGCAAUUUCAGUGCAUUGAUUUCGACAUCGGCAAGACCACUCCCUCCAUUUUUCACAAUGUUUGUCGGAAACGGAGAUUAUGAGGGAAUUGAAAGCAUGGCUUUGGUUACGAAAGGAGAUCAACUUAUAUUUUCUACUAUUCUUUAUCUUGUGAAGACUAUAGAUCUUUCAAGCAAUAAUUUAUCGGGUGAGAUCCCUAAAGAAUUAGGAUAUCUUGCUGGGCUUCAUACUUUAAAUUUAUCGAGAAACUACUUUAGAGGCGAGAUUCCAGAUGACAUUGGAAGAAUGACUUCAUUGGAGACUCUAGAUUUGUCACUUAAUCGUCUUUCUGGACGUAUUCCUCAAGCUAUGUCGGAAUUGAAUUAUCUAAACCACUUAAACUUGUCAUAUAACAACUUGUCAGGAGAAAUUCCCUUCGGAAAUCAGCUUCAAACGUUAGAUGAUGCAUCCAUUUAUAUCAGCAAUCCUUAUCUUUGUGGAGUCUUAAUAAACAAGAGUUGCUUCAAUGGAAACAAUAUCAAUGCGUCAAGUGAAGAAUAUGGAAUGGCCUCUCAAAUGCUAUCGAUCUACUUGAGCCAUGCACUUGGAUUUUUGAUUGGAUUGUGGAGUGUGUUUGUCCUUUUGCUAUUCCAGAAAGAUUGGAGAAACUCUUACUUUAAAAUGAUCGAUAAAGGUUAUGCGGCGACCAAGAGAAAAAUGAGGAAUUAGAUGUUC